AUGGAUCAACAAAACAAACAACAAAUACAUUCGUUACAUCCAGAUUUCAAAUGCGAGGUAACAUUCCGGAUCCGGCUGGUACCAGAUUACACCAAAAACCCAGCAAAUACUUCCACAAACAACCAAUGGGUCAGCCCUAAGUUCAAAACAGGAGUGGACCAGUUUCAGCGCCAUAGAAUUAUGCAUCGUAAGAUACAAUGUGGCUCGGACCGGAUAUUUUGCGACUUCACGUCACUUAUUAAGGUGCAAUUGGAUUCGGAUCCGAUUAGCAUUUGUGAGUAUCGGGAUGGAUGUGCCGGUCAAAUUGUCAGUUCGCUGUUAAAUUUCAAUUUCAAAGUUGUCUCAAAGGUUAUAGUAAAGAUGUAUCGUUAUUUACUACCGGAUGUGUUGAUAUAUAUAUUUAUUAAUGAUCGAUUAAAAAGUUCAAAAAGUGCACGAUAUUUUGAUACCUAG